AUGGACGGUAUUGUUAAGCGGGACAUUUUCUCCGUCUUGAUGGGGACGCCAACGAGCGAAAUGGCCAUCAUCCUUGUCACGGCCGCGGUGGGGACGACGGUCGCCGCCGCGGUGGCGUGCGUUGUCCGGUACCACGUGCAGUCGCUUCGCAGGGACUCGUCGAUGAUGGUCUGGGAUGAUAUGAAUGUCGGGUUCUCGGUGAUCCUCGCCAUGGCCGGCACCAUCUUCGCGAUCGGCGAGCUCGCGUACGCCGCGCAGCAGUACGAGGUGUCGCUGUGCUUCGACUUCCUCGCGCUCGGCUUCUACACCGCGGGCGCCAUCCUCGCCAAGGUCUCCGUCUGCCUCUCCAUGUGGCACCUCGUCACGCGGCCCCGCCGCUUCCGCCGCUUCCAGAUGUACCUGCUCGCGCAGAUCGGGUUCCUGCUGGUCGUCGCGUCGACGUACAGCUUCGCGGCGCUGACGACCUGCCCCGAGGGCGCCAUCACGGAGGGCUCGUUUCUGUUGCUGGGGACGACGAGCUUUGCUGCGGGGUGGACGGCGAGGGAGUGCUGGGAUGUGGGCAUCAGACCGGUUUUGGACGUGAUACAGCAGGGUUGCGACGUCCUCACGCCGAUGGCCAUCACGGCGUUCCCCCUCAUGCUGAUCAGGACGCUGGGGAUUUCUGCCCGGGAGCGACCGCCGUUCUAUGGGCUUGCGAUCUUCAUGAGUCUGUAUGUGAUCGCGGGUAUCGCUGUCAUCAGGGCAAUCGUCCUCUCUUUCCUACGACUGGAAUAUAAUGCAGGUCUUCGGAUUUGCGUUACGCUGCUAGUAGUAGUCGAGCAGAAUCUGGGCAUCAUGGCUGCCAACAUCCUACCCAUUAUGCUGUCGCGCACACGAUUGGCCCGCCGCUUGGAUGGGCCACCAGCCAACGGAGCUGGGAACGGGAACGGGAACGGGAACCGCAUAGUAGCCGACAGCGAGAACGGCGCGUCGAUCGAGUUGCAGAGGCUGACCCGAAGCGGGCGUGGCAGGGGUCGCUGGCCAAAGCCUUAG